CAAUGCCUCGAUUCCCAAUGAAACACCAGAGACCUUACAUCACCUGUAGGGCCAGUGCACCUCAAAUUUGUCCAACAAGUGAAACUCUUCCACACAGUGGCAUUGACAUGGAGGAGAUAGCAAUGCAAACCAUCACAUACAUGACCUUACUCACAGAGAAUUUGUCAGCAGUUCACACACUCAAGCAGCCCAUGAAUGUCCACUGGCAUAUUCUGGCUCAAGGACAGGCCUCACCCUAUGAGGCAGGCUUGCCAGCACUUGAUAGUCAGGAUCAGAUGGUGUUGCAAGUUAGGAUGGAGAGUAUCAUUAACUGUCUUCCUGUGACAGUAGAUGAGCACUUACAGAUUGCUUGUGCAGCAAACACACUCUUGUUACUUCAAAAUAAUAUUAGCAUUGGGCUACCUGCUUCUGAAGCAUGUAAAGUGUGGAGAUUGAUAAACCAACAUUGGGCUGAGUGCCAGCCAAGGCACAUAGUGCAGGGGGUGAAAUACUGCCCUUUGUUACCAUUGUCCCCUCCACCAAUCUUUCAACAACUGAAGUCAGGAUUGCAUCACUUCCACACCAACAUUGAUGAGGUGGAUGCCAUGCUCAAGUUUCCUUCUCUUCCUCCAGUUAUUGGCAAAGAAUUCUACCUGAAUGAAGAGCCAGGUAUUCACUACUGUGUCCAAGGUGUACUUCCAUCUCUUCAAGGCAAAGAUCACUUUGUGAUACAGUAUGAGAAUAUCAGAGAUCCAGAUCUUGUUGGUGCUGAUGAGCUGAAACACAUGUUGCUUAACAGCAACAUUGUCAUGGACUGA